AUAUUAAUGAACACAUAUUAGGCCCCCUGUAAGUGGGAGCAUCAACUCUCUCUGUUUUAUUGUGCAAUCCCUUUCAGAUUGCCCUCUGAUUAUAUGAUCUUUGCCGCGCCUUCUUUUUCGCUUCCGGAGAAUGUUCAGAUCUGUACACAAUUCAAUCUCCUUGAGAAUUAGGAGGCUACUUCAUGAUUUUUAGGAUGAAAGGGACUGGCAAGAGAGCUUCGACUUUUGGAAAAAGUUGGGUUGUUUGAUGAAGAAUGACCAUGUCCUUUCAUACUUUAAAUUGCCCUCCAAUGUUCGGAAGUAACGGGAAAAGGAUCAGAACCCGUUACACAACUAGAUGGAGUCCAUCCAUGGCUAUGCAGUUGUCUCCAAUAAUAUUGCUGCAAUCUGAUGAAAGCGGAAAACUACACGAAGAUAAGAAGAAUUCUAGCUCAGGCACUGCUCUAACAAGAUGCAAGAGUUCCAAUCAUCUUCUUGGCCAAGCCAAUGCGGUUGGCAUCAUCGGCGGAGCAUCGGUUUUCUCAACUCUAAUUUUCCUGGAGAAGCUGGUUUGGUGGAGUUCAAAGACUGGGGAAGAAUGUAUUCCUUUCGUCGUUUGCAAUGAUCCGAAUAUAAGUAGGCAGCUUCCUUUUCAUCCUGCCAAAUGCAAAAAUUCUAUUCACCUAAACCAAGAUACUCUAGUUGAGAACCUGAGGUCUAAAAGGGUGUUUCUUGAGCAAUCUGGAGUUCACUGCAUUGUCAUGCCAUGCCACAAGUCACAUGCCUGGCUUGUCGAGGUCUCAGAGGGAUGCUCGGUUCCUUUCCUUAGUGCGGGUGUUUGUGUUGCCAGGGAGCUAAAAGAAGCUAAGCUGAAGCCUCUUGAAGCCGGGAGUAAUCCGCGGAUUGGGCUGCUCGGUGCAGAUACAGCUUUGAUGAUUGGUUAUUAUCAGGAACAACUAGAGAGACAGGGUUUUGAGGUGGUUUUGCUCGAUAAAGCGACCACGGAGCACACUGUGAUCCCUGCAAUAGUAGCAUUGAACAGAAAGGACAUGGAAGGGGCAAGGAAUCUUCUAAGAAUUGCAAUUCAGGUUCUUUUAGUCCGGGCAGUGAACUGUGUCAUUCUUGCUUCUGAUGAAUUUCUUGGUGUUUUGCCACGAGGCGAUCCUCUUCUCAAGAAAUGUGUUGAUCCCAUGGACGCUUUGGCUAGAUCGACCCUACGAUGGGCAAAAUCUACUGAUCAAAAGGUCCAUAAGUAGGUCUCGGAAGACAAAUAAUAAACAUCUUGUGAUAUAUGAUCAUGUGAAUGAAGGUUUAUUAACCAUACAAAAACCUAUGGAAAGGAUGUGCUUGACAUGCCAGCAGUAGUUUUCACAAAAUUCUUUGACUGCAUUCGG